AUGGAUCAAACGCCUGUUGGUACCCCGUUUUACGCCGCCUUUGGCGACUUCAAAGGUGGCUACAACCGCAAGGAGGCAGAGGCCGGCAUCCACGAGGCAUUCCGCUCUCGGCAGCGCGAGCGGCAGCAACGCUACGUGAAACAGUUGAUGUUAGGAAGUGGUCUUGGGAGUGCGGCGAAACGAACUGUGCAGGACGGCGUGUACCAACCGCAAACGGUGCUGCUUCUGCCCAACGAGGUGACGUCAACCGCGGCGGCGGUGACGGCUGGGCCAGCCGUACCGGAGGAAAUUGGGGAACGAGGUGGCGCGGGCGAAAAGUUGCUCGGAGGAAUUGUCCCUCCGCCUGACUUGGCGCUCCUGAGCACUUCCCCGUCAAGCGUCAUGAACCAGUUUACAAAGGCUGAGGUGGAGGUGCACAAUUUGGUGGAGAUUCGGCGUCAGUUGGAGGAUAAUCUUAAAGUCGCGGAAGAGUAUAUUGCUCGCGGAUGCGCUCCAUUUACGUUUGAGACGGUGUUGGAGUCUCUCUCGAUGGCGCUUAGUGUGCUGGAAGAGGGUGACGCACAAAUUCAAGUGACGCUUCCCAUGCAAGCAGACGACCCUGAGCCGCUUCACGGGGCAGAGGCUGUCAUGGCGUACGUGCGCGAAUACGUGACUCCACUCACCUUGACGCUAGUGACCACCUUGUACGCAACGGAGUGGAUGCUGCAAUACACCAUGACAUUUAUAAACUCCGUUCUGGUGGAAAAUGAAGAGGAUGCAAAACUCCGAGAAGAACUGCUCGCGCGUUGUGUGCGGUGGUUGGGGAAGAUUGAUCAGUUUGUUGCUUCUGCCUUUGCGCUUGAAUUGAUGUCCGACUCGUAUGAGGCGUUUUUAGACCUACGGAGCUUGUCGGAGCAGAAGAUUGAGGGACUGCUUAACAGCAUUGAACGGGACCUUAGUGCCGUCUUUCUCCUGCCGUUUCCCCAACGACGCAAGGGGCUGCUCGAACGAGACGAGACAAUAAAAAAACGUCUGCAGCGCGUUCUACAGCUCCUUACAGAUGUUGAGACCUCGUGGAUUCCAAGUGUGAAGCUGCAGAAGGAGUGGAAAGACGAUUUUCUUACCCAAAUGUAUAGUCGAAUCCACACCUUUAUUGCCCCUGGCUACUUCUCCGCCUCGUUGGGAUUUAUUGACGAAUCACUCUACACAUUCUUGAAGGGUGAUCGUGCAGCAGCGAAGCGCAGCUCGAUGACCACCCCUCGAGGCGGCAGUGCCCGGCGCAACUCCCCGAAAAAACCCAUGCUGAGUCUGCUGGUUGCGACGCAAGUGGAAAACCGACGUGUGGAGGAAAAACUAAACUUCCGACAGAUUGCAAUGCUGGUGAAGGGGUCGGCGAGUAACGUCGUAGGCCUGCAGUUGUGCAUGGGGACGCGGUUUAUGCUGCGGCAGUGCGAAGCCGAAUACGACGAACGAUGGGGGUUUUCGAUGAAUUACCCACCCGACUCCCACGACGCCGUCCGCGACGCAGUGGAGGCUGUCCCACGCUUCACUGACCUGUUGAGGGGGCACGUGAGGGCACGGACGGAGUAUCAAAUGGAGAUGCUGCGGCAUUUUGUGGUGUAA